AUGUAUAGACAAUACGGUGAUUAUUAUCAUACAUCGUUCGGACCUAUUGCUCAUCUUGUUAUUGCUGAUCCGUCACUUAUGGAUUAUGUGUUAAAGAAAAAUUCAAAAUAUUAUCAUAAAUCAGUGUUAAUGGAAUAUAUAUUAGGGAGCGUAUUAGGUAUGAGAAAUUUACUAUUAUCUGAAGAUGAUAUGCAUAAGCAACAUCGUAAAUUGAUACAACCACUAUUUCACCAGCAAAAUAUAGUAUCAAUGGAAAACUUAAUGAUUGAAACAACAAAUAAUUUGUUAGAUGAAUGGACAAAGCUAAAAAGCAAUAGUUUAGAUAUACAUUGUGAAAUGAUACGUUUAACAUUAGAUAUUGUUGCCGGUUGUGUAUUUGGCACAGGUUUGAUUAAUAAUCAUUAUGUACACGAUAUUGUCUAUAAAAGUGUAACGAUUACAUUAAAUGAAGUUGAAAACCGUGCAUUUAAUAUGUUGGGCGUUAUACCAAUACUUAAAGAUUUACCAUUACCAUCGAAAUUACGCAUUGAAAAAUCUAAAAGAGAUGUCAAAGUUGUCAUAAAACAAAUAAUCAAAGAUCGUAAAGAUGGUCAAUCACGAUCAGCUUGUAAAGGACCUGAUUUACUCGAUCUACUGCUAUCUGUUAAAGGUGAUUUUGGACAAAAAUUGAGUGAUGAUGAGGUGUUUGAACAAGCACUAACAUUUGGUAAGAUUCCCAAAAAAGAAUGGUUUUUUGAAGUGGAACGUAUCUGACAGCAUCACUCUCAUUGAAAGAUAUAGUGACCAUGCCGCUUCAACCGGUGAUUUUGGUUAAUCAGGCCUAUUCCACUUCAUCUACGAUGCAAAAGUAGUGGUACAAAUGUUGAAAGCUAUUGUACUUGAAUGAAAGAUUCUAAUUAUUUAAUCCUGUUUCUGCUGAAUAGAAAGUGGUCCCUGCCCUGUGAAUGAUAAAGCGCUGAAUGAGGUUUCUUCAUCGAAAAAAAGCACAGUAAAUCGAUUUUACUCAUCUACUGUCUGUUUCAAAGUAUAGUGUUCUCUCAUAUUUUUUGUUAAUUUUUGCGCCAAAAGCCAUGGCUUACAUAAUUUGCCAUUCGAUAGUAAAACAAGAGACCCAUUUUCAAAGAGAAAAUAGGUUACAAAAUCCUUUUCUAAAACAGGACUCUAAGAGAAUCUCUGGUACACCAUUCUAGUUCUGCGAGUACUAAAAGUACAAUAUAACGCUUUUUUUACGUUAGCAGAUAGCGUAAAGUAGGAAUGGUGCCAUAUGAAAAAUAUAAAUUGCCUUUAAAAUUAUCUCUUUGCUCUACUAGUAUGAUAUAAUGUACCAUGGCAAGCAUGGUUCGGUUUGAGUUUUUGGUAAAUCGGUUUGAGGAAGUUUCGGUUCGAUUCGGUUCGGUUGCAGAAAUCAUAUGUGCAAAAUGCCGAAACUUUGCUCACGAGGGU